UACCAGCGCUACGAAACUUCGGAACGCCUCUUCUUACGAUGGGCCUCCUCACCGACCUUUUACUACCAAGUCACCGCACUCUCAGGCGUGGCGGCGACUGUCUACGUCUACAAUCUUGAGACUGUCGACGUCAGUGGAAGACGCAGAUUCAACAUCAUAUCACCUGAAUUGGAGAAAUUUAUGGCGGAAGGGCAAUAUGAGCAGGUCCUGCGAGAAUUUGGGCCGAAGAUCAUGAGUGAACGCAGUAAAGAGCAUAGGCAAGUACAAAGGGUCCUUCAGAGACUACUACCGCAUUCUGGACUAGAGGGAGAGCAGUGGGAAGUACAUGUCAUUGACGAUGAUAUGAAGAAUGCUUUCGUAAUACCUGGCGGGAAGGUCUUCGUGUUUCGCGGGAUUCUGGAUAUAUGCCAGGGCGAUGAGGGCCUUGCUGCCGUUCUGGGACACGAAAUUGCGCAUAACGUUGCACAUCAUGCCGCGGAGAGGAUGAGCCGAAUGUCGAUUUUGACGGCGCUUGCUACGUUCACGCAUUUCUUCGUUGGUGUAGACUUCGGAUUGGCGAGACUUGUCAACAACCUUGUCUUCGACUUGCCUGGAAGCAGAAAAGAAGAAGAAGAGGCGGAUUACAUCGGCUUGCUCAUGAUGGCUGAGAGCUGUUAUAAUCCGGAAGCUGCGAUGGGCAUAUGGCAACGUAUGGAAAUAUACGAGAAGAGCAUGGGUGGAGCGCCGCCGCAGUUCUUGAGUACGCAUCCAAGCUCGCAUGCCAGGCUUGAGAAGAUUCGGGGUUGGUUGCCGAAGGCUCAGCAGAAGUUGGAGGAUGGCAACUGCGGUACGACGGGAGUGUAUGCCCAGAGUUUUGGCAACACUAUGCAGGACUUUGCGCGCUGG